UUCCUCUUCGCCUGCCGUGUCCCGUUUUGUUUCCCCUGCUGUUUCGUUGCCUGCCCCCCGGUCUCGUUGUCGUUACGCGCUUGUCAGGGUUUUCCCUUGCAGGCCUGCGGCGGCGGCGGCGGCGGCUGGGCCUCCGUCCUGACGCCCACCCAUCCGUUCCGUCUGCUCCGGCCUACCCCCGGACCGCCGCGGGAGGUGACGCCGGGAGCCCCCAUCGCUGGGGCAACCCACCGUCCUCGCUAGCUCAGUAAUUUUAGGUGGGAUUUGUUAAAUUUCUGAAAUGACAGAAAGUUGGGUACAAGACUUGAAGCACACUUCAGCUCCAGAAUCAGUUUCUACACAUGAAGUAUCGACAGCAAGAAGGUCAAGGCAGAGAAACAUUUUUGAUCUAUUAGCUCAGCGGGAGAUCUCGCCUCGAACAAGACACCAAGCUAAAAAUCAGUGGACCAAAGCUCCAAGGAAUGAUGCUGGUUACAAUGAAUUACAAUUUUGGGUUACAGAUGCUCAGCAUGAUCUCCAUUAUUGGGCAGAAUCACAGUCUUUGCACUGCUGGUGUGCCAAAUAUUGCCCUCUUUUGCCUGCUUCAAGGGCAACUAUUGCAGCUGCGUUCAGUGCAGAUGGAAGAGCACUUGCAUCCACACAUGGUGACCAUACUGUUAAAAUAACUGACUGCCAAAUUGGGAAACGUUUGAAAGUAUUGCAAGGGCAUCAGCGCACUCCAUGGGUGGUUAGAUUCCAUCCUCUGCAUUCUGAUAUUCUUGCUAGUGGAAGUUUGGAUUGUGAAGUUCGUCUCUGGGAUGUCAAAACAUCACGCUGCACUAGAGUACUUGACUUCUAUAGGCCAAUUGCGUCAAUUGCAUUUGAUGCAACAGGGGAGCUUCUGGCAGUUGCAUCAGGUCACAAAUUGUUCAUAUGGGACUACAAUAAAAGAGGUGAAGCUUUGGACCCUCCAAUGAUACUAAGAACCCGCCGUUCACUAAGAGCUGUGCAGUUUCACCCCCAUGGUGCUCCAUAUCUACUUACAGCAGAGGUUCAGAACCGUGAUUCUGAAGAAUCAACAAUGACCCCUGCACUUCUGAACAAUUAUGCCUUCAGUGACAUACCUCUCCUUGGCAGUCCUGGGGUUGAUAACUUGAUCGGUGAACUACCAUACACACAUAAUUUUGGGCAUGUUGGAGCUUCUUCAUCAGUUCCAGUCAAUACUGGCAGUUUUGAUGGGUCAAGGCGACAUGAUACCCCACACCAUCAACUAAUGACCUCUGUACCUAGGGCUGGGGGUUCCCUUCUUGGUACUCAUGCUGUCUCAUUUGGUGUUGUGUCAGAGCGAGCUACCUCUCUGCUUGAUAGUGGCACUGAAUUACCUUGUACGGUGAAACUAAGAAUUUGGCGUCAUGACAUCAAGGAUCCAUUUAUUCCAUUAGAGCCUGGGGCAUGCCUCUUGACAAUUCCGCAUGUCGUACUUUGCAGUGAAAUGGGUACCCAUUUUUCCCCCUGUGGACGAUUUUUGGUUGCUUGUGUUGCAUGUCUGCUGCCACAAAGAGAUGGUGACCAUGAAAGUCAGUUGCAUGAACAUUAUGAUUCUGCUGGAGCUGGAACAUCACCAACUCGUCACACUCUUCCCUCUCGCCAAAUUGUAUAUGAGCUUCGGGUUUAUUCACUUGAGGAGGCAACGUUUGGGACAGUUCUUACAUCUAGAGCAGUAAAGGCUGCUCACUGUUUAACUUCUGUCCAGUUUUCACCUACAUCAGAACACAUACUAUUGGCAUAUGGUCGGCAACAUAACUCACUGUUGGGGACCAUUUUAAUCGAUGGGGAGACCAGAGUUCCUUCGUACAGAGUCUUGGAGGUCUAUAGAGUUUCAGACAUGGAGCUUGUAAGAGUUCUUCCUAGUGUUGGAGACGAAGUCAAUGUUGCAUGUUUUCAUCCUUCCCCUGGAGCAGGUCUUGUUUAUGGGACUAAGGUGAGUAGCAAGUCAGAUCAGCUGCAAAGUGGAAUGAAGAUAUGCUCUGCUGAUAUGCUUAUGGUGAACAACAGGAAGGGAAGCUUAGGUUUCUUCAACACAAUGGUGCAAGCAUGGACUUGAAUUCCUCUACUGGGGACGAUAUUCAUGAGAUUUAGAGGCAUGUGCUGUGAAUGUAAUUCGGGGCAUAUUAUCUGCAUCUCUGCAUCACAUUCUUAUGCUGCUGAACCUUCUCUUCAUAACUGCUUUUGCAACAUCCUGGAACAGGGACUCUCUCAUUAGGGAUCAGACUCUCACUUCUCUCCAGGAGGGCCUAACAGAAAACAUCAUGUCAGCCUCCAAUUACUCUGAUUGACGUGAAGCCCUCCGCAUCUGUAGUUCCAAUUAACAAGGAUGCAUAGGCACAGUGUGCGUAACCUUGGUACCGGCAACGAGGGUCUCUGUUUACGAGUAAACAAAAGAGAAGAAUGGUUUUUACAGUGUA